AUGCUGCUGCGACCUCGUGUCGGCCACGACAUCAGGAUUGAGUCGUCCAGGUUGGACGUCAGCCCCAACGUAAACAGACUGUUCUGGCAUCGUGAUGCUCAGAGUAAUUCCGUUGCCAUUGCCACCUUUUCAGGGCUGGGUGAUCACCUCAAAAUCAGUAGUGAAGUUGUCAUUGAACACUACGACGAUGACCAGACCAUUGUGGAACUGGAUAUCGACGCGCUGACUUACCCCUUCCAGUACGAUGCGAUGGAGAGGGCGGAACUGUUUCCGUACAUGCAACCCGUAUUUACCCAGGCCGACGAAGAAGUCAGGGGCUGGGUGAAAUCGUUCUGGGUAGGUGGGCAAUCUCCGAAUACGUUUGAACUCAUCGAUCGAAUAAACAAAGCCGUGAACUAUCAGAUCACCUACAACGUUCGGGAAGAAUUUGGUGUGCAGCGCCCCUUCGAGACGCUGUCCUCCGGUACCGGCUCCUGCCGGGAUCUCGCCACACUUUUCUUAGAAGGUUGUCGUCAUCUGGGUUUUGCCGCUCGUUUUGUGAGCGGCUACCUCUAUGCGCCUGAUCUUCCUGAUGCAUCGGCGUCGACACAUGCGUGGGCAGAAGUGUAUUUGCCUGGCGCAGGCUGGUGUGGUUUUGAUUCAACCACGGGCACCAGGGUAGGCAGUGACCAUAUUGCGGUGGCUGUUGCCCGGCAUCCUGAAACCGUACCGCCGGUGGCCGGCAGCUAUGCCGGCUAUAAAUUCGAUUGGGAGAACGGGGUUAUGAGCGAGUCGAUACAAGUGCCUGAAAACGAGUCCCUGGCGGACUUGAACCCAGCAGAUCCAAAACUUUUCAGCGAAGAACGCAUCCUGCCUUUUUUCAAGCAGAUGCGUGCAGAGCAGCCCGUACAUUACUGCAAAGACAGCCCUUACGGUCCAUUCUGGUCGGUGACCCGCUACAAAGACAUCAUGGCGGUGGACAAGAAUCAUCAGGAAUUUUCAUCAGACGCCCACUAUGGCGGCAUCAUGAUUGAUGACGACAUUGUUGGUGAUGUGAACGGUGAUUUCUUUGUACAGAGCUUUAUCACCAUGGAUCCGCCUGAGCAUGGUCCGCAGCGUAAAGCGGUGAGUAAAAUUGUCGCGCCGGGGAGUCUGGCCAGUUUUGAAGGGCUUAUCCGGGAGCGUACCCAGACCUUACUCGACUCACUGCCGGUGGGUGAAGAAUUUGAUUGGGUAGACAGCGUCUCCAUUGAGCUGACCACCAUGAUGCUGGCGUCUCUGUUCGACUUUCCGUUUGAAGACCGCCGUCUGCUGACGCGUUGGUCUGAUGUCACUACUGCAGAAGCGGACUCGCCCAUUGUCGGCAGUCAGGAACAGCGUAUAGCGGAACUGAUGGAGUGUUUAACCUAUUUCAAGCGCCUUAAAGAGGCGCGCAGAGACGGGCCACCUAACUUUGAUUUAGUGACCAUGCUGGCGCAGGAUGCGGUGACCGCGGAUCAACCCGAUUCUCAGUUUCUGGGUAACCUGAUGCUGCUGAUUGUGGGUGGCAACGACACCACACGAAAUACCAUGAGCGCGAGUAUCAAUGCCUUCAAUCAAUACCCGGAACAACUGGAAUUGCUUCGCGCACGCCCGGAACUGAUCAAUAACAUGGUGUCUGAAGUUGUGCGCUGGCAGACGCCUUUGUCACACAUGCGCCGCACUGCGGUAGUGGAUACCAAUAUUGGCGCACAGCCGGUGAAAAAAGGCGACAAGGUUGUGAUGUGGUAUUACUCGGGCAAUCGCGAUGAGUCAGUAUUUGCCAAUGCAGAUACCUUCGACAUCACCCGCGAGAAUGCGCGCAGCACUAUAUCCUUUGGCUUUGGCCUGCAUCGUUGUCUGGGCAUGCGCCUUGCUGAAAUGCAGAUGCGGAUUCUGUGGGAAGAAAUUCUCAAGCGCUGGCAGCGUAUUGAAAUUGUUGGUGAAGUUGAGCGUGUCGAGUCCAACUUUGUCAAUGGCUAUGCAAAGAUGCCGGUCUUUGCGCCAUUUGCCAGCGUUGCUGGUCUGGGGUUGAUCCUGGCAGUAGCCCUUUAUCCUCUGCAUCGCAGUUUGGCGGCUCGCAUGGGCGGUCGCCAGGGUCUGGCGGCCACGGUAAUGGUCAUCAGUGGUUUGCUGCUGUUGGGCGCACCCACGGUCAUUCUGGGUGGCUCUCUCGCUGGCCAGGCCAAUCAGCUGUAUACCGAUAUAGAAAGUGGCACCCUCAAGGUACCUGUGCCCUCAGAGGGGGUUCAGAAUUGGCCGGUCGUCGGUGAGCGGCUCUAUGCUGGCUGGGAUUCUGCCGCUGAGGAUCUGCAGGGAUUUGUUGAAACCAAUCACACUAAAAUUCGUGACCUGUCCCGCUGGGCGGUUGCAACGGCUGCCGGUACUGUGGGCGCCAUUCUGGCGUUUCUUGGUUCACUGAUAGUUGCGGGGAUCAUAAUGGCGUUCGGUGAGUCGGGCAGUGCCGCUAUGCGGCGGAUAUUCUCCCGUCUGUCCGGACCUGAUCGCGGUCCGCGACUGCAGACGCUGUCUACGGCCACCAUUCGUUCAGUAGCCACCGGUGUGGUGGGUGUUGCGUUCAUUCAAGCGUUACUCCUGGGUAUUGGAUUCAUGUUAGCGGGCAUUCCUGCCCCUGGCGUGCUGGCGUUGAUAGCGUUGUUUUUAGGCAUUCUGCAGGUGCCUGCAUUGGUGGUGUCCAUUCCUGCGAUCGCUUACCUGUGGUGGGCAGGUGGCGACGACGGCACCCUGAUCAACGUGCUGCUGACGAUUUAUCUGGUGAUCGCCACGCUGGCUGACAAUGUACUUAAACCCAUAUUGCUCGGCCGUGGUGUGGAAGCACCCAUGCCGGUCAUUCUGAUCGGUGCCCUGGGCGGUAUGGUGUCCUUCGGCAUGAUUGGUCUGUUUACCGGACCGGUAGUGCUGGCGGUCGGAUAUGUUGUUUUCAUGGGCUGGGUGGAUGGCGCAUCCGCCGAGACUGGCCUGUUCCUGCCGCUGCUUCUGCUGGCAGCCGCCUGCACAACUCUGGGUCCAGACUAUGAAGAGCCCGAAGUAGCCUGGCUCAGCGACUGGCAGACCGAUCUGUAUGGACAGAUAGACAACACAGACCAGCAAAACAGGUUGGACCUGCGUUUCUGGUGGCAGCUUUUUGAUGAUCCGACGUUAAAUCAGCUCAUUGCAGUAGCACGUCGCGACAAUCCAACGAUGCAUAUUGCAGGCUUGAGAAUACUUGAGAGUCGUGCUGCCCUGGGUAUUGCCGGUAGUACACGCUAUCCCCAGCUUCAGCAGAUUGGGGCAACUGUCACCGGCGUUAACUCCGAUAAAAGUGGUGGCAUAGUUGAGGACCGCAGUCAGAGUCUCACUGCGUAUCAAACGGAUUUUCGUGUGGGUUGGGAACUGGAUUUCUGGGGACGUUUCCAGCGCAGUAUUGAAGCUGCGGAUGCGGUAUUCCUGGCUUCAAUAACGUCGCACCAUGAUCUGCAGGUGUUGCUCAGUGCACAGGUUGCCGAGUUGUACUUUAACUAUCUGACCAUUGCGCAACGCAUAGAGAUUGCACGCAACAAUGCCGCGCGCCAGGAGCGCAGUUUCACCAUCACACAGAAACUUUUCACCGCAGGCCAGGGUUCUGAGCUGGAUCUGCAGCAGGCGAAAACCCAACAGCUGGCAACACUGUCUACGAUACCGGAGCUGGAAUCAGCACUUAUCCAGGUGCGUAACGCUUUAUCGGUGUUGCUGGGAAGACCGCCGGGAGAGAUAGCGGAACUGGCGGGUAUGGUGCAGGCACUACCCGAUACCGCUGCACUUUCGAUCAGCGAAAUACCGGCACAAAUGUUAUUAAGGCGCCCGGACAUCCGCAAUGCUGCCUGGCAGGUGGCGGCUCAGUCUGCACAGAUCGGUGUUGCAAAAGCUGACUAUUAUCCGGCUAUUUCACUGUUCGGUAGCAUCGGCUGGUCAGGUGACUCGCUCAGCGCUACCGCAGAUACCACCCAACUGGCUGUUGGGCCAUCGUUGACCUGGAACGUGUUUGACUAUGGUCGUAUCCGUAACAACGUGCGCCUGCAGGACGCGAGGUUACAACAGACCAUCGAAUCCUUUCAGAACUCUGUGCUGCUGGCAGCCCGGGAGAUUGACGAUGCUGCCAUUAAAGUGGUCAAGACUGCGGAGCAGGAGAUAAUACUCAAACAGGCAUUGCAGGCAGCGGAGCGUUCGUUGGAGCUUGCCAGCACCCGCUACCAAGAAGGUUAUGCCGACUUCCAGCGGGUUCUUGAUGCACAGCGCGCGCUGUUCUCACAGGCCGACCGAUACCUGGUUGUGCGCGGAGCACACCUGAACGCGAUCACCCAGUUAUACAAAGCGUUCGGUGGUGGUUGGGUUGACAUGCCCAUUGACACAUUAAUACCCGAGUCGACUCGGCAACAGAUGCGUGAGCGUACCAAAUGGGGUGAGUUGCUGGAUGCGCAAUUACCCGCACCUGACGCUGGACCGGUGGCUGCGCCACAAGAAGGUGGUGGUGACGCGGGUACUGCUGUAAAACGCGGCGGCGCUGGGGUGGCGAUUGUCAUUUUGCUCAGUCUGCUUUGGUAUCUGGCGGCAGAUCGUUUCACCCCGUACACCACCCAGGCACGGGUUGAGGGUUAUGUGGUUGGGGUUGCGCCAAAAGUGGCAGGGCUUGUGACACAAGUCUGGGUCAGUAAUAACGCCCAGGUACGCGAAGGCGACCGUCUGUUUGAGAUUGACCCAUCGCAAUACCAGAUUGCCCUCGACCGGGCGCGUUCCGAUCUUGAGAAUACGGGCCGUCAGGUCAGCGCAGGUAACGCUUCGGUGGCAGCUGCACGGGCCAAACUCAGAGCUGCCGAAGCGAAUGCACUCAAAGCCCGACAGGAUCUGAACAGACUCACGCGUCUUUAUGAAGAAGAUCCGGGCACGAUCUCCGUGCGUCGGCUGGAGAUAUCUCAGGCCAGUCUUGAACAGGCGGAUGCUCAAGUCACCGCGGCGGAAGCUGAUAUCAGGCGGGCCAUCGAAUCCAUGGGUGGUGAUGACGAUAAUAAUACGCUGCUUAAAACUGCCCUGGUUGGUGUUGAGAAAGCACAGUUGGAUCUGGCAAACACCGUGGUGCAGGCCUCAACCGAUGGCAUUAUCACUAAUCUGCGUGCCGAGGUGGGGCAGUUUGCAGGCACCGGCACUCCGGUGCUCACCUUAGUGGCAAUACAUGACGUGUGGAUUAACGCUGAAUUUACCGAAAACAACCUGGGUAACAUCGGCGUUGGUACGCCGGUGGAGAUUUUAUUCGAUGUCUUACCCGGCGAAGUGUUUCGUGGCCAGAUUCGUAGUGUUGGCCUUGGUGUCAGUGCUGGCCGGGAGCCACAACCCGGAACGUUGCCAACGGUGCAGAACGACCGCGACUGGUUGCGCCAAUCACAACGUUUCCCGGUGAUCAUUGGUUUCGACCCUGAACAACAUCCCAGUUUGCGACGUCAGCUGCGUCUUGGCGGGCAAGCUUCAGUCAUGGCUUACAGCGAAGGCCAUGGGUUGCUCGGCGGGUCACGGCUCAUGAUGCCUGUCGCUGCAAGGCGAACCUGUCGAAUUGCCGGCGUGGUUGCGCUGGCAACGGCAGUUGCUUAUGGCAUUGGCAUGCCGCUGCCUUAUCUGGCACCGCUUAUGGCGUUUAUGCUUACCGCUAACCCUGCACCACCGCCCGGGUUGAAAGGGCUCGUGGGUCUGGUUGUUGCGGUAGCGGCAACCUUAAGCACAGGCCUGCUGAUGAUCCCGCUGUUGCUCAAUUAUCCGGUGACGGCGGUAUUGAUCAUCGCAGUGGGCCUUUAUCUCAGCAGCAUCAUCAGCCUUGAGAAAGGCAAAGGCCCGGUUGGCGUAUUGCUGGCAGCUGGGCUGACCAUGAUUCCUGCUGCGGGCAUGGUCGAUUACAGCCUGGCCACCGCUGUAAUACAGGCGCUCCUGCUCGGCAUCAGUAUAGCGAUGGUCUCUCAGUGGUUGGUUUAUCCCUUCUUUCCAGAAGACCCUGGUACGGCUAAGCCGAUUGUGCCGGUAGCCAGCGAACAUGCACGCUGGCUUGCUUUGCGUGCCACUUUAAUUGUGUUACUGCCGGUCAUGCUUGCGUUCACCAAUCCUGCUUUAUACCUGGCCACCAUUCUCAAAGGUCUGUUUCUGGCGCAGCAGGGUACGGAAAUCAGUGCCCGGGUCGCUGGGCGCGAAUUACUCGGCUCCACCAUUGUUGCCGGUUGCUUUGCAAUCGCGUUCUGGUUUGCAUUACAGAUCAGUCCCACGUUGUGGUUUUUCACGCUGUGGAUGUUGCUGUUUGCGGGUUAUGGAGCGGCAAAAUUCUACGGCGCGCUGUUCAGUCAAUACACGCCUGCUUUCUGGCAGAAUGUUGUGGUAACAAUGCUGAUCCUGCUGGGUCCCGCGGUAGAGGACAGCGCCAAUGGCAAGGAUGUCUAUCAGGCUUUUGCUGUGCGUCUGGGCUUGUUCAUAGCUGUGACCCUCUACGCAUGGCUCGCAAUUGCUUUACUGAUGACCGCAGCGCUACGCCACUACACCAGUCACGAAAGCAUGGUGAACAGCCCGUCCGGAUGGACUACGCUGGUGGUGAUCAGCGUCAUAAUGAUCCUGUUAGUCCUGGGUAACCUCGGCCAGCUUUUUAUCUGGGCGCUGGUGUUUCAGUUCCUUGGCGAGUUUACAACGCUCAGUGAGGCGGUUUAUCACUCCGCGGUGAAUUUUGCGACCUUAGGUUAUGGCGAUAUUGUCAUGUCCGAGCGAUACAGAUUGCUCGGACCGCUGGAAGCGAUUAACGGUGUGCUGAUGAUUGGCGUGUCGACGGCGGCAUUGAUCACCACAUUCCAGGAUGCCCUGCGCAAGACUUUUCAGGCAAGGCACUCAGGCGGACGGUAG